GCCGUAGAGUCAUUGACUGUGACAAGCGUUUGGAUUACAUGUGUAGCUUUUAUCCAAUUAGAAAAGGUCAAGACUGUAGAAGUAGGAUUAACGCGUCUCGGCACCUAAUGACCUUCACGUGACCCUCUCUCUCUCCCCUCGCCAACUCAUCCUGGCACGAACAUGGCUCCACGUUUUGAGACCUUUUCCCCCCGCCUUUUCACCCGUGCGUCCACCUUGGAAGUAGGUGACACGGUGGCAGAAAUCCCCGCUGUGAUCCUAUUACACAGAAGAGAGCUGUCAUCUGUGUAUGACACGCCUCUACACACUGCAGUUUCACUUGCAGAGACGCACUGUUGAACUUUCGCCGGGGUGGAAAGGAAGUUUUGGAUUAUUAAGUCGCUGUUGUUCGGAUAAGACGUCCUGGCAGACAAUUGGAUUGAGAUGACAUGGCGCCCUCAGUACCGCAGCUCCAAGUUCCGGCACGUGUUUGGAAAAGCCGCCGCCAAGGAGAGCUGCUAUGAUGGCGUGCCCAUCACACGAAGUGUCCAGGACAACACUUUCUGCGCGGUCAAUCCUCGCUUCCUGGCCGUCAUCACAGAGUGCGCCGGUGGGGGGUCCUUCCUGGUCCUGACAGUCCAUCAUACGGGUAAAGUGGACCCUCACCACCCUCGAGUGACGGGCCACAGAGGCAACGUGUUAGACAUCAAAUGGAAUCCUUUCAACGACUACUGCAUCGCCUCCUGCUCCGAGGACACCACGGUGAAGGUGUGGGAGAUUCCUCCUCACGGUUUGUUGAAGAACAUGACCGUACCAUGGAAGGAGCUCCAGGGUCACAGUCGCAGGGUGGGCCUCAUUGAGUGGCACCCCACCGCCAACAACAUCCUGUUCAGCACGGCGUACGACUACAAGGUCAUGAUCUGGAACCUGGACUGUCCUGAGCAGGUGAUCAAGAACCCUGUACGGACCCUGAGCCAGCACACAGACGUAGUCCUGUCCAUGUCUUUCAACACGGACGGCAGCGUUUUGGCCACCACUUGCAAAGACAGGAAGUUGCGACUCCUGGAGCCACGUUCAGGAAGCCUCCUGCAGGAAGCCAACUGUAAGACGCACAAGGCCAGCAAGGUGAUCGUCCUGGGCAACGUGAAGAAGCUUCUCACGUCGGGAACAUCCAGAUGGAACGACCGUCAGAUUGCUCUCUGGGAUCUGGAUGAUCUGUCAGUGCCUUUGUUAGAGGAGAACCUCGACGGGUCGUCGGGGGUCCUCUUCCCUUUUUACGACCCCGACACACACAUGCUGUACCUGGCUGGAAAGGGUGACGGGAACAUCAGGUACUACGAGAUCAGCUCCGAGAAGCCGUACAUCCACUACCUGACAGAGUACCGCUCCAGCUUACCUCAGAAAGGGAUGGGUGUGAUGCCAAAGAGAGGCCUGGACGUGAGCUCGUGCGAAGUGUUCCGGUUCUACAAGCUGGUGACCAUUAAGAGUCUGAUUGAGCCUCUGUCCAUGAUCGUACCUCGCCGGUCGGAGUCCUACCAGGAGGACAUUUAUCCCAUGACGGCGGGGAAUAAAGCUGCCUUGACUGCAGACGAGUGGCUGAGCGGCUUGGACAAAGGCCCGGUGUUGAUGUCCCUGAAGCCGGGACACCAAGUGGACGAGUCGUACCACGACAUGACCAAGGGGUACAGCAGGUCUCACGGCCGACCGGGUGCGUUGCAGCUGGCCUACAUUCAGGACCAGUUGGGCACCAAAGACGGCGAGCAGGACUACGGACUGGCGGGGGAAGACAGGACAACGGUUAGCAAAGGAGAAGACCUCCUGCUCUGCUCUCCGCCAAAGACAGAAAAUGAGCUCCGUCUGAAAUUCCACAAGCAGCAGGAUGAAAUUCGGCGGCUGCGUGAGCUCGUCAACCAGAGGGACGUACGCAUCAAGCAGCUGGAGCUGGAGAUCAAGAACAUCAAAAACUCUCAGUCUCCUACCUCACUUUAAGACUUUUUAUUAUUAUUUUUUUUGGGACGUUUUCUUGCUGAUUCCCACACUUUGUUGUUUUUGUUUUAUUAAACUACAACCACGCUCUUCCUGUAGGCACCACACGAGGUGCACAUCCUGUAUUGUUGGUGUAAAUAUGACACGGAUUCUUACACACGUGCUUUUACAAACUACAGUCGUCCCUCGCUGUAUCACGAUAUCAUGUUUUUAUUAGUCUAAAAAUAUUGAAAUAUAUGACACAUGACAUCAGAUUACAUUACAUUACAUUUCACACUGCAUGGAGCCUAGGCUACAUGCCGCGGCUGAUAUUGAGUGAAGGAAACAAUGGUUCUCCUCUUCAGUGUGGAAGUGGUAAGUUUUUGGCUUCUAUGCCUUUCUUCCUCACUCCGUUUGAAACACUUUUAAGUUUAGAGUAAGUAAAUUGAAGACGCUGACGAGUUAGCUUGGUAGCUUGCUAUGCUAACAGCAAUGUGACGUAUACAAAGAAUAACAAAGGUGUAAAAGUGACGAUUGGGGUUUUAUUUCAAGUCUGCAGGGCUCUAUUCAUGUUAAAGCUCAUAUUUCGAAAAGUAAAAUAAAGGAUUUUUAUGCUACAACUAUGAAAAUAUUUGAUUUAUUAAUAUGGAAUCCUACUUUGUUCAUGUCAGGUCCAGAACCAAUUAACUGUGAUAAACGAGGGACGACUGUACUAUCUUCUGGUCUGUUUUUUAUAUAUAUAUAUAUAUAUAUCACAGCUAUGCAACUUUGUAGCUCAGUUUUUUUACAACAAAAACUCUUUAUAGAUAAAAGAAGGGAAAAGGAAAAUGAUUUUAUUUUCUAUCUUGUCUUGUUUACUGUCUUUUUAAUAUUUAAGUACAAAUGGCUAAGAUGGACCUGCCCUACUUCCCCUAAAAAUUAUUUUCUGGAGCAUAUUUUGUGACCCAACCUUGUUUUUGCUCACUAAAAAUCCAGUCUUGAAAUUUUUUUUUUAUUUUUCUUGAGCCGCUGUGCCACCCCUGAAGUCUUUUGGCCCUUCACAUUUUGAAAAUCCUUGUUUUUUUUUUUUUUUACAGCAUGUAUCCAGUUUUUUUCCCUGGCUUUUACACUGACUUUUUAAUUUUUUUUAAUCAAAAUUGAAUUGCAGCUUUUGUACACACAGAGGCAAAUUGUGUGCUUUAAUCCUCAUUUGUUACCAAAAAAAUGCAUCAGGAAGUUGCAGUGCUAAAUAUAGCACUCAACGUGUUUCUUUACCGCGGUUGAGUCACUCACUGUGUAAAAAUAUAGAUAUUUAAAAGCAGCUAAUGAGAUGUUUCCUCUUUUCUUCCUUUUCUGCUUUUGGUUCUAAUUUACAUUUUUAUAAUGAGAUAACUGACAAAGUUUUAUACUGUGGCUGCAGUUAAAAGCUUGAAAUCAACAAUUUCCAUUUAAAGUGAAAUUUUAUUGGGUUAAAACAAAGCUGUAAAGAUAAUUGUUUUUCCGAGUUUGCGUAAGUAUCAGUGAAUGCAACACGUAAGAUGACGUAUCUUCGCCGGAGUGACACGUCGGAGUGUCAUGGCGACCGCAAUGAGGCGCUCGAAGCAAAAAUGUUGCAUUUUACAGGCGAAAUGGUUAAACGAUUGUAUAUUUUCAACGUAAAAGGGGGGGGGGGGGAACUAUGAGCAGUUGGUGGUGAUUAAAAAGGGUCGAUAAAUUGGGGCGAAACACGCUGAAAUACAUUAUUUUAAAGGAACAUACAAAAUGACAAGCCAACCUUCUGACUUAUUUAUAUAUUUACGAUACAUUAUGUCAUUAUGUAGGUAAAAUUGUAUUGACUCAGAACUGAUUUUUUUUCAAAAGUGGUAGAUGUGUUUUCAACCACAGGCAGUGAGAAAUUGCGUGCCUUGCUCAAGUACACAUUACUUGUGUGUGUUUACGCGUAGCAACAUCUCCCUCAGGGAAAUCCUACAUGCCGUAAAUGCUUACGUGCCAUCAGACCAGUUUUCGCUACGUUGUAUGUUAAAAUGUGUUUGCAGAGCUGCACGUUUCACUCAUUCACUCCCCCCAGCAUGAAAAAAAGCAGCAAAUGUUAACAUUUUAUUUACAAAGUUGUUUUCUUGUCAUACAGAAAGUAAAAAUGUAGCUACAACCUUGGAUUUGUGCAACAGGUGGCCACACUGAGAAAAAAAAAACCCAAAAAACGUAUGGCUCACUGGUUGCACAGCUGCUAUAGCAAUAAUUUUAUUGGGGUGGAUUGGGGGCAGUGGGUAAAAGGAAACAGACAAAAAAAAUAAUACAAAAAAAGAAACAUCAAACCCAACAACAAAAUAAUAAAUUUCGCCAACAAAACCAGGAAAAAAGCACGGACCCAAUAUUAGACCAAUCCCAAAGUCCUCACACAAGAUACACAAAGCGGGAUUUGACAGUGAAAAUGUGGAAUGCUGAGUGGUGGGCUGCCUGAGAACCUUGGGGCUGUUGGGUGACGACGAUGAUGAUGAUGAUGAUGAUCAUGAUGGUGGUUGUGGUGGGGUAACUCUCAGUUCAAAAGAUUGUAAAAAACAAAAUAAUAAUAAAUGGUUUUAGGGGCAGGGCGGUGGUUGACCCACACGACCCCACCCAUCCAGUACAGUCUUGCCCCAAAAAAACAGAGCUCAGAGCUGGGGAAGAGGAA